AUGUCCUGGCUCGACGAACCCGCAACAAUCAGCCGCAUCAAGAACCUCAUGAAUGACUUCCACGUACCUGGUCUUGCCAUAGCGAUCGUAGAUGGCUCUGAGAUCCGUUCCCGAGCCUUCGGAAAUGCAUCCCUCGAUCCGCCAACUCCAUGUACCCCCGACACAAUUUUCGAAGUUGCUUCAUGCUCCAAAGCAUUGACUUCGCUCGCGGUUGCUUUGCUUGUGGAAAACGAGCAUGAGUUUUCGACAAAGGCCCAAUGGGAUUCCUUGAUGUCAAGUUUACUACCUGAUGACUUUGUUCUUUCGACCGCCGAGGCCACCAAUAUGGUCACCGUGGAGGAUGUCUUGAGCCACAGAACCGGUUUGCCAAGCCACGAUCUGAGUAUCUUGAGCAUUGAGUCAAAACAUCCUGAUACUGUCCGCUCCAUUACUAGAAACUUGCGUCAUCUCGCUUUGAGCAAAGAGCCAAAAACAACUUAUCAGUACAGCAACAUGAUGUACACUGUUGCUACUCACCUCAUUGAGACUCUGAGCCAGCAAUCUUUCUCACACUUUCUACGCGAGAGAAUACUGAGACCACUAGGUAUGACAUCGACCUUCACCGGAUCUGCCCAGGUUUGGGCUUCUGGUCAAGGCGAUCGAUUCUCCACUCCAUACUUCUUCCAUGACGGCAAAUAUCACCAUACCUGCCACCAGGAUACACCCCAAGGCCAGGGUGCAGGGUCGAUCCAGAGCAGUGUUGACGACUACGCUAAAUUUAUACGCGCCAUGAUGAACCGCAUGGAUCCCAUUACUCGUCCAAUCUACGAAUCUGUCACAGACCCAAGGAUCUCUCGAACUCCUGGAAAGACACUGGAGGAUAGAGGAAAAGAUGGAUCGCCAGAAGCAAGCUAUGCUUUGGGCUGGGAUGUCAAGCAUUACCGCGGAGCCAAGAUCAUCGCCCACGACGGCAUUAUUGCCGGCUACGGAAGCAGGAUGUUUAUGCUGCCAUCUCAGAAUAUUGGAGCCGUGAUACUUGGGAACAGCGAAGGGGCUUUUCAUCUGUCCGCAAUUAUCCAAAACAGUAUCCUCGACCAAGUCCUGGAGACUCCUUUCGACCAGCGUGGGGGAUUUGCAAACAGUCGAGUCAAACGCUUCAAAGCACAAGAAGCACGCCGAGAGAAGAACUUCAAGCGAAAUUUUGAGAGAAGAGAACAGGCGAAAGGCACUUUGCAAGUUGACAUGGAAGCUUACCAAGGGUCGUUCUGGAAUAUAGGUUACCGUACUCUGAUCGUAAGAGAGAUGGACGGUUGCCUCUGCGUUGAUGGGAGAGACCACAAUAUCUCUUUCAUAGUCUUACUCGAGCACGUGGCCGACAAUACCAUCUUUCGGGGCUAUCUGGUUGAGAUUAUUGGCGACGAGUCUGACGAAGAGGUCUUGCCAGUACGAUUCAAGUUCGAUACAGAAGGAAAGGUGAUCGCCGUUGGUUUGGGCCUUGAAAAAGCUUUGGGUAGCGAUCACUUGAUUUGGUUCACUCGGGACGAAGGAUGGGAACAAAGAGACGUAUGA